AAAAAAGAAAGAAAGAAAAGAAAAUGUCAUAAUAUUAAUCCGUGUUUGUUUGAGGAAAUGGAACACUCUCUCCUCGUCCAAUAGGAGUUAUUGUUUCACAAGUAUAACCAACCUGACACUCUCAGGCGCUCUCACUUGACUUCCUCUUCACCAGCAGGCAGACUUCUCCUCAGCUCUCACUUCGCUCGUCUUUAACGACCAAUUUACGUGUUUUUUUUAGUCGCUGUGCUUCUAUUGUGAGUGCUUUUAGAUUUAUAAAUCUUUACAGUAGAGGAGAGAGAAUUUCUGCGACAGUUUCAUUCAUACGAACGGGGAUGGCGUCACUCCCUCUGGACCUGUGUGUCGUCAUACUGUCGUUAACUGCGAUGGCAGCCGGUAAAGACGAACCGACCUAUGGUGCAUUAGGAGGCACCGCCGUCCUCACACUGGACUCUGUGGAAGGUCCCAUCACCAGCAUCACGUGGAAACACAACGGCGACAUCGCCGUGCAAUGGUACGGAGACGAAGUCGAGGCCUACCGCCAUUUUAAAGAUCGCGGCAUGCUGAAUACCUCAACUGGAGCUCUAACGAUCAAAGAACUGACUAGCGACGACAGCGGCAGCUACAUGCCGGAGAUCAACGACAAGGUCCAGGCCGCUAAGGAGUUCCGGGUUAUCUCUCGUGUCCCCAAACCGUCCAUCUCCACACAGUGUGACGCUGAGAAUAAAGACUGUGUCUUCACCUGUGAAGGCAACACCACAGACGCCGAACCAGUCACCUUCUCGUGGCGUGCCAGUGACUACAUAUUUGGGUCAUCCAGAGUGCUCCAUAUAUGGAAGGACUUCAGCAGAGAGGCAGCAUGGGAAACUGUGAGCUCCAGGGACACGCAGGGAUUCCAGUCAGACAGCAACCAUUGGAGCGAGCCAUCGUUCAGUUGUAUAAUGGAAAACCCCGUCAGCUACAGUUACAGUGAUACCGUCAUCAACCCCGUCGCCCCUCGGUCCUGGGGACAUGUGAUAUUCAUCAUAAUCAUAGUAUUAGUGGUACUAGCGGUGGUGCUGCUGUGUGUCAUCUGUAUUGUAUGUAUAUACAGAAAAGGAAAUUGCUGUAAAAGGACGGCACAAGAGAAAUCAGUGAUGCUUGAAAAUGGCGGAAUUAAUUUCAAGGACCCGACACCGGCUGCUCCUGGAGAUGCCAACAAUGCAACUGAGGGAUCGGUGUUGCUUCAAAAUGGCCGAGGAACACCUCCCCAGACAACCGCUGCGUCUGAACACAACCAUGUAACCGAGACUCCUUUGGUGACUGAGGUGGAGGAAACAUCCACACGGGAUAAGACUGAGAUGCUGUCAGUGAUUUCUGAAACAUCUGAGCAGGACUCGACAGCUGCUGCCUGCGAGGAAACAGAGAACUCAGCUUUGAAGACAAAUGGCCCAGAAGCCCUCGGCCGGCAGGAGCCGCCAGAGGACCAACAACCAGCAGACGAAGACAGAGCAGACGUACCUUUGACUCGCUCUCGCAAAAACUCUACUUACUAUCAAAUAACAGAUUCUGUGUAGGUCAGUAUGAAGUCUGAGGGGUUUAACUCUGUAGCUGCUGUGACCUGCAGUGUUUUUGGUACCAUUCUCAAGCAAGGUACAAUGGGGGAAAGUUUAUGAAGGAUUUUCAGCCCUUUAUUAGGCAACUAAACAGCCAAAAUGUGUUUGCCUGUAUUCACUACAGUGUUGGUGGUGGGUCGGGACUCAAAGAGGUUGAGAAUCACUGAACUAAAGAACCUUUUUGGUCUCAUGUGGGGGUAGGCCAUCUGGCCAAUGAUGAUGACAUUAUAUACUCCCUCUCUUUAUUUAUAUAUGUGUAUAUAUUUAUAUGUACACACUCCACUCUAUCUCUACGAUUGGCUUGGACACAUUCAAGAUCACAGUCAAAAAACCACCAUCCGCCCACAGUCUUAUGCAGUAUCUACUUUAAGGUGUUGGUGAGCACAGUGAAUAUUAUUGCCACUGUGCCUGAUUUAUACCAGCUGCGAUGACGCAUUUCAACUCAUAGAGUUCUCAUUUCAGCAGCACAAAAGUGCAGCUCUGUGCUGUUUUUCAUACGAUUUCAAAUUUCCGAUUCCUGAAGCUCCUUCCUCUUUUUUCUUUAAUGAUGUUUGACUGCAGCUCCCGUCCAGUGUUGUAAUGAGAGAGGAUCAAGCUGUGAGCUUUUUGGUUUGACAAGGUGUGUUUUGAGUCAGAUAUUUGAAAGCAAAGAAAGAGUCAAUACUUUUUGAUCAUGUGUUUUCAGGCUUGUGUUUGCCUGACAGCAGCUCUCAGAUACCAAACGGUUCUUGAAUAGAAGCUUUAGUUGGACUGAACCUCGUGCUGCAGAGUUUCAACACCAGGUGCUGAAGUGAAAGUACCUCUUCAACCAAAACAAUGGUGCAAAAUGUUCCCCGUGUCACACUAAUGCUGCCUGCAAUGCCAAAGUGUUUAUGUACUGUAUCUACAACCGCUGUUACAGUCAAUAUUUCAUUGCAUAUCAACUUCAGUGCCAAUCUUUUAUAUAUAUAUAUAUAUAU